GUUGGAUUGUGGAAUUAGACACAGUGUUGAAAAAUGACUUCAAACAGAAGUAAAACGGACAAGCCAGUUGCUGUUCUAUGGGGUUGCGAGCUGAAUGCCCAACAGAAGACGCAGAAGUUUGAAGUUACAGAUGAUGAGGUUGCUGAACAUCAGCUGGCCUUGAAGACGAUAUGUUUGGGUGUCGGUGCUAAGGAUGAACUGAACAUUGUGGAGAUUGUUCCAGAAGAUGAGAGUCCACCAGUUACUAUUGCCACACUGCACCUUUCCAUCUUGCCAAUGACCAUAAUCUGUGGCAUUGAUCUGACUCCACCAAUUACCUUCAGACUGAAGAGUGGAUCUGGUCCUGUCUAUAUAACAGCAGAAAAUAUAGUCUUAGAUGAUGACACAUGGGGGGAGGAGGAGGAAGGGGGGGAGGAGGAGGAGGAGGAAGAAGAGGAGGAAGAGGAAACGCCACCCAAACAAACAAAGAGACCUGCAUCCACCAAGAAGGCAGGGCUUUCAAAGAAGAAGCGAUUAGACACAGAAAAGGCAGAAGAGGAGUUGGAUGUUGCACUACCAGUUAAAAAGGGGAAAGAUCCCAGUAAAAUUAAAGCAGCAAAAUACUAACUGCCUGUUGGAAGGAGAAAUAUUUGAAGGUGAUCCACAGGAAGGACUUCAUCACUUAUUUUUGUAAAGACAUUGAAAAAAAUUUAUUGAAAUAAAAUUGGACUUUG